AACAUAAACUCUCUCUCAUACCUUUCUGCCCAUGGCUUCUCUUGAAUACACAAUCAUUCUCUCUUCAUUUUUCAUUCUAUUGUCCAUUGUAACGUGUAUAUAUAGAUCUCAAAAACAAAGUACUAUUGUCCCAACAAACUGGCCUGUUCUCGGUAUGAUACCCGGGAUCCUUGCGAAUGCCCACCGACUUUAUGACUACAUAAUCGAAGUUGCAAUGCAAACCAGCGGUACAUUCAUGUGGAAAGGCCCUUCUUUUGUUCAUAUGGACAUGCUCUUUACCACAAAUCCUUUAGACAUCAAUCACAUUCUUAGCAAAAACUUCAGAAACUAUCCCAAAGGUCAUGAGUUCCGCAAGAUCUUUGAUAUCCUAGGAGAGGGAAUCAUCAACUCCGAAGGCGAGCUAUGGGAGAUCAACCGAAAAGUUACCAUGUCUGUACUCAAGCAAGCUGGAUUUCAGAAUAUGUUGAAGACAAUCCUCUGGAACAAAGUGGAUAAGGGGCUUCUACCCAUGCUAGAGUCCAUUUGUGGACAUGGUGCACCUAUCGAUUUGCAGGAUAUAUUUCAGAGAUUCACAUUUGACACCAUAAUCACAGUGGUAUUUGAUCAUGACCCUGAAAGCUUGUCUAUUGAUUUUCCUCACAUUGCGUGUCAGAAAGCUUUGUUGGAUGUUGAAGAAGCUCUCUUGUUUCGGCACCUUACGCCCCCGUGCCUUUGGAAAAUGCAAAAGUUUCUUGGAAUAGGGAAAGAGAAGAAGUCUAGUGAAGCAAGGAUAAUUCUUGAUCAAUUCAUAUACAAAUGCAUUGAACAAAAACAAAAGGAGUACAAUAGCAUGAACCAUGAGCACCAAGAUGAAAAGUUCAUAUUAAUCACAGCUCUCAUGAGAGAAAUGGAAGAACAAAGUGGCAAUGCUGGCGGUGAUCCCACAAAAUUUCUAAGAGACAUCCUGUUAGAUCUGAUACUUGCAGGAAAAGAUACAAUUAGCAGCGCGCUUUCUUGGUUCUUUUAUAAUCUUACCAAAAACCCAAUACUUGAACAUAAGAUUCUUGAAGAGAUUCACAAGCAUUUGGAUGUAAAAGGGGGAAAGAUAUGGGAUGUCAAAGAGCUAAGUAAACUAGUGUACCUUCAUGGAGCUUUAUGUGAAUCUUUAAGGCUCUUUCCUCCUGUCCCUUUUAAUCUUAAAGUUCCACUACAACCAGAUAACCUUCCAAGCGGCCACAAAGUUAACCAACACACGCGAAUCAUUCUACCUUUAUAUGCCAUGGGAAGGAUGAAACUGAUAUGGGGUGACGACUGCAUGGAGUUUAGCCCCGAAAGGUGGAUUUCUAAAGGAGGAGGGAUCAAACAUGAGCCAUCUUACAAGUUUGUGGCAUUUGGUUCUGGUCCGAGAGCUUGUGUGGGCAAGGACAUGGCUUUGUCUCAGCUGAAGAUCGUGUCAACGGCGAUCUUAUACCAUUACCACAUAGACCUAGUGGAAGGUCAUUGCGUGGUUCCGACGAAUGCUAUUAUACUACAUAUGAAGCAUGGUCUCAAGGUGAGAUUAACUAAAAGAAUUGAAGUGAAUUGAACUAAAAAGCAAGUUAAACAUCUAGUGUAAGUUUAUUCUGUUCUAUUUUGUGCUUGUGAGCAUAAUAACGUUUUAUAAUACGAUGCUUAUGAAGAACAUCGAGAUAUAAUAUAUAGGAGUGUAAGUGAUAUAUAAUUGUUCUUGUAAUAGAAAUAAAUUAAAGUGCAAGU